AUGACAACAACCGACGGCUUCGGUACCCCAAGGGUGCGCCGGCUGUCUAGCCUGGACGCCUGUCGGGCCGACCUUUAUGGGGGUCCUAAUGUGGCCAUCCCUCCUAAACAUUUGAUGGCUUCCACCUUAUCCCAUGAAACUGCCAUCGAAAUGGACAUGGCCAAGCAACAUAUCGACGACGAAGUUUCCUCCACGGAGGGCUCUCCCCGCGCUGCUUCCCCGAUUGCGGACAUGCCUUUCACCACUGCUGAUGAUUUCGCCCUGGCCUUCGACAUUGACGGGGUGCUUAUCAGGGGUGGGGAGGCUAUCCCGGAAGCCGGCGCUGCUCUGAAAUAUAUCAAUGGAGAGAACCCGUACGGGGUCAAAGUUCCCUAUAUUUUUGUAACGAACGGUGGAGGCAAGACGGAGGAAGAACGAUGUCUGGAUCUCAGUCGACAGCUCGAGCUAGAAGUCUCCCCAGGUCAAUUCAUUUGUGGCCAUACACCAAUGCGCGAAAUGGCUGAGAGGUAUCACACGGUUCUUGUCGUCGGCGGCGAGGGUGAGAAAUGCCGUGUUGUAGCCGAAGGCUAUGGCUUCAAGGAUGUCAUUACUCCCGGAGACAUCAUCAAGACAAGGCACGACACCACUCCGUUCCGGAAAUUGACCGAAGAAGAGCACAAGAACUCGCGGGUUCGAGACUUCAAUAAGACUAGGAUCGAGGCAAUCUUCGUAUUUGCUGAUAGUCGAGACUGGGCUGGCGACCAGCAGAUUAUCCUGGAUUGUCUGAUGACGAAGGACGGCCACCUGGGCACCCGGUCCGAAACUUUUGACGAGGGGCCGCCCUUGUUCUUCUCCCACAACGACGUGGUCUGGUCCACCUCGCAUGAACAUUCGCGAAUCGGCAUGGGGGCCCUCCGAGCGUCUCUGGAAGCGCUAUACAAAGCUGUUACCGGCAAAGAGCUCACCACGAUCGCCUUUGGCAAGCCCCAGCUGGGCACAUAUCAAUUCGCUAUGCGUCUCUUGCGACAAUGGCGGAAGAACACCCAUGGCAUCAACAAGCCGCCCAGCACUGUAUAUUUCGUGGGCGACACCCCGGAGUCAGAUAUCAGGGGUACGAACGAGUUCAACGAGAUCAGUGACGCCCACUGGUACUCAAUCCUGGUCAAGACGGGUGUUUACCAGGAGGGCACCAUCCCUCGUUAUCCACCGAAGAAGAUUUGCAACAAUAUUCUGGACGCGGUCAAGUUUGCCAUUGACCGUGAGAUGUCCAAAGGCGACAAAGAGUCGGCCAUUAUGGACGAUGCCGAUUCCGGUAUUGACUCGGAGACAGCUUUGCGCAACUGA